GGCAGUUUUGCUCACAAGUUUUCACGACUGGGUUUUCUCUAUCACCAGUCUCAAAAAUCCGAGCUCCUGAAGAAAUAAAACAAACAAUUCCCAAUCUCUGUCAUCACUCAAUUACAAAACCCUAGUUCGAAUUCUUCGUCAACUCUCUAACACGGUCCUGUUCUUGCCCCAAAGCUCUAUAAUUGGUUAUUUGAAUGUCAUGGGAUCUUACACAAUGUCUUUUUGAUUGUAUCUUCCAUUCUGUUUGUACUCUACUUGGCAUUUCAAGCCAAAAAGAGCUUCUUCAAACUAUCAUAUGGCCGAUCCUCUAUCAUGAUUGCUUAUUAUGGCUGUCUUUGGCUUGUUAGCUUGCUCAAUCUUGCUUGGUGUUGCUUUCAGCAGGCAUGGGAGUGCACUCCUGGGAAGGAAGUUCCUUGGAAUAUCUUAUCUUUGUUUACAAAAUCUGGAAUGUUGUUCUUGGAAGUAAGCUUGCUGGCCUUUUUAUUCCAAGGAAAUUAUGCCAGUGGGUCAGAAGCCUUAACACGGACUUAUGUUGUCUCAGGUCUCAUUUUAGGGUUGGAUAUACUUCUAAAGGCAAUUUAUCUUUUUGGAUUCGGGUUCCCUCUGUUCAUUGACAGCUAUGAUCAUCCGCACCAUUUGAAAUGGGGUUUGUGGGUUGUCCAUCGGCUAGUGCUUACUGCAGUUUAUGGCCUCAUAUUGUUCAUGUACCAAUCUAAAUGGAGAGAGAGAUUACCCGCAAGAUCCGCAUUCUACAAGUAUAUAACUAUCAUGUUUACCUUGAAUGCAUUGUCACUGUUUGCUUGCGGGCUUCUUGGCAAUGGAGCUAGCUUUGGAUUCUGGUUGUAUGGUGCCACAAUUGUUUGUUAUCUUGCCUUCUAUCUUCCUCUUAUCUAUGUGACAUUCUUGGCAGACUUUUUCCAGUAUGAUCAUCACAGGUGCUUUUACUCUUUAUGGCAUAAGAGGAAGAUUUGCACUUGGAGAAUGUAUAUUACUCAGAGAUGAAAGAUGCUGGGUUUUUUUAUGCUGACUGGGAAUGAUGCAGAAGCAGCUUUUUGAAUCAUGAGACAAUCAGGGAAGAACCAGAGUUCGGCCUGGGUUGCCACAAAAGCAUCUUGAGCCAUGGUCUUCCAUCCAACAGGAUACCUGAGCGGUGCAGUGAGGGCACACCGAUUUGCAAUCUUCGUGACCCAUGCAUUCAUAUUUUGCUUCACUUUUACCAACAAAACCUAUAAAUAAAUAUAUAAAAAUUAAUACAAUGAAUUAAUAUUUUAACC